AUGCCCAUCGACCACGUCGGCAUCCAAGUCGCCGAGGCAGACCUCGCCGCCACGGUUGCCUUUUACACGGCCGCGCUCGCCCCGCUCGGCUACAAGGAGAUGAUGCGCUUCCCCACGGGCUCAGGCACCACGGCCGUCGGGCUCGGCAGCGGCGCCCACGCCGACUUUUGGAUCACCGGCAUGGCGGACAAGGCCAACACCAACACGCACGUUGGAUUCCGCGGUGACCGAGCUCAGGUGGAUGCGUUCCAUGCUGCUGCUGUCAAGGCGGGCGGCAAGGACAACGGGGCACCGGGACCGAGACCGCACUACGGGCCUGCUUACUACGGCGCCUUUGUGAUUGAUCCUGCGGGGAAUAAUGCAGAGGUUGUUUGCCACGAUGCGCCUGCAAACUAG